AUGCGCUCAGCCUUCAAGCGGAAAGACACAGCUCACAUUUUCUGCUUGCCGGGUGCUGCGCUGUGUGCGACCGCAGAAGUGUCCGUGCCUUGUUUUGCUUGUCAUGUUUCAGCUUAUUGUUCAAGCCUGAUGGAGCCUGAUCUCAAGCAAACUAGCAACAUGGCAUUACUGCCCCUCAAAACGCUGUUUAAGGGUCCAGGUCCCAAAGAAACCAAAGAGAACGACAUAAUUAAUGAAGCCAUCUACUAUUGUACGGCCAACGUCUUCUUCAAGAACUAUAAAAUCAAGAAUGAAGCCGAUAGGACUUUGAUGUAUGUGACUCUGUACAUUUCCAAAUGCCUGAAAAAGCUGCAGAAGUGCAGUUCCAGAAAUCAAGGAGAGAAAGAGAUGUACAUACUGGGAAUUAUUAAAUUUCCCAUUCUUGGAGAGCCCAGAUUCCCACUGAGUCCCAUGUAUGCUGAUCCAAGCGACAAGCAGAAGGAAGGGACAAUGAGGGCAAGUUUACAGCAAAUCAGGCAGGAGACUGGCUUAAGGCUGUGUGAUAAAGUUUUUGACACCCAGGCAGAUAAACCUUGCAAAUGGUGGAUGUGCUUUGUGAAGAGGCAGUUUAUUAACAAUAAAUAA